GUACAGACUCCGGCGUCCCUUCCCUGCGGCACUGCUUCCCACAGACGCUUGGCCUGGCCCGGGAGAGGCAUCUGAAAAGAAACCUGAGCGCCUGAUGAAAGCCUAUAAAAUGUGAUGCCCAGUCCUAGGAGCCUGACAAAGGUCCUCAGAGAGUGGGGCAACCAGAGCACCCAGAGCCGAUGCAUACCUGGGACAGGAUGGCCCACCGGUCUGCCCUGAGGCUGGGCCCUCUGCUCCUGCUUUCCCUCUGUGCAUCCUCCACUCCAGUCUCCCUCCUUCGGCGCUUGGGCGAGCACCUUGGACAGAUUCAGGACAGCUCCAGCCCCAGUUUGAGUUUAGGGCCAGGCGCUGUGGCCAUCCCCAAACAAGGGUGGCUGGAGCAGCCACUGGACCCCUUCAACGCAUCCGACACUCGGUCCUUCCUGCAGCGGUAUUGGGUGAAUGACCGACACUGGACCAGCCAGCGUGGACCCGUGUUCCUGCAUCUGGGAGGCGAGAGCAGCCUCAGGUCUAGCUCAGUGCUGAGAGGGCACCCUACAGCCCUGGCCCCAGCCUGGGGAGCCCUGGUGAUAGGCCUGGAGCACAGGUUCUAUGGCUUGAGUGUCCCCGCUGGAGGCCUGGAUGUGGCCCAGCUCCGCUUCUUGUCCAGCCGCCACGCGCUGGCGGACGUGGCCUCUGCCCGCCUGGCACUCGCCCGCCUCUUCAACGUCUCCACCUCCAGCCCCUGGAUCUGCUUUGGAGGAUCAUACGCCGGCUCCUUGGCCGCCUGGGCCAGGCUAAAGUUCCCCCACCUCAUUUUCGCAUCGGUCGCCUCCUCCGCUCCAGUGCGGGCCACGCUGGAUUUCUCCGAGUACAACGAGGUGGUGUCCCGAAGCCUGACGAGAACUGCCCUCGGCGGAUCCCCGGAGUGCCGGGCGGCGGCGUCCGCAGCCUUCGCAGAGGUGGAGCGACGGCUGCACGCGGGCGGGGCGACUCGCUCGGCGCUGCGGUCGGAGCUGGGCGCCUGCUCACCUCUGGACAGAGCCGAGGACCAGGCGGAGCUGCUGGGGGCGCUGCAGGCCCUGGUGGGGGGCGCCGUGCAGUACGACGCGCAGGCCGGGGUGCCGCUGAGCGUGCGAGGGCUCUGCGGACUCCUGCUCGAGGGCCCGAGCAACCGCAGCCGCUCCGCGCCCUACCACGGGCUCCGGCGGGCAGUGCAGGUUGUCAUGCACAGUCUCGGCCAGAGGUGUUUAAGCUUCUCUCGAGCAGAAACAGUGGCACAACUGAAGGUCACAGAUUCCCAAAUGUCGGGUGUGGGUGACCGGCAGUGGUUGUACCAGACAUGUACAGAGUUUGGCUUCUAUAUCACCUGUGAGGGCCCCAGGUGCCCUUUUUCCCAGGUCCCAGCACUGCCAUCCCAGCUAGAGCUAUGUGAGCAGGUGUUUGGGCUCUCAGCCUCAUCUGUAGUGCAGGCUGUGGCCCAGACAAACUCCUAUUAUGGUGGCCAGACCCCAGGGGCCACCCAAGUGCUCUUCAUUAAUGGGGACACAGAUCCCUGGCAUGUGCUAAGCAUAACACAAGCCUCAGGUCCCUUGGAGUCAGCCCUUCUCAUCCCAAGUGCUUCCCACUGCAUGGACAUGGCACCGGAGAGGCCCUCAGACUCCCCCAGCCUCCGCCUAGGGCGCCAGAGCAUCUUCCAGCAGCUGCAGACCUGGCUCAGGCUGGCAGAGGAGAGCCAGGUUCGGAGUGGGGCCUGAGGGGCCCCUACUCUCGCCACUCCCUGCGUGGCCACCUCACCCUGGACAUGUUCACUGGACAGGAGAGAGCAGCUUGUUC